UUUUCAGUGAAACCCUCAGUUUCGCAGAAAUCCCGCGGCGGUCCGGAGAGCUGUCAAUCAUCUGCCCCGCCCCCUAGGUACAGGAUGAAAUGUCUGGAAUCGUCCCGAGAGCAGGGCUGAGCUGAGUCACUCUCGUUUGUGGCCAGGCUGCGCAGUGACGACACUCGGUAUUAUUGUCAUCUCCGCAACCCAAACACUUCUGGCUCAUUCUGGCAGCUUCCUCCCCUCCGUCCCUGCAAUAUAAAAGGCGUGUGUUCAGAGAGCCUCGGCAGAUCAGAAACCGAGAUCCGCCACUUCACGCCAGCCGCCUUUGAGAGAAACGACUGAAGAAGCCGAGACGAUGCUCAGCUGUCGGACUUGCCAGACAUCCCGCCUGUUCCAGCAGCCGGUGCACACACUGUGGCCCGUUCCGCUCACUGUCAUUGAGCCGCUCGAAAGCAACGUGUGGAAACAGGUGGAGGAAAUGCGAAAGGGCAUGAAUUUCAUGGAGAGAAUUUUGGAGGAGUUGGCCAAAGAUUUCUGGGGGGAAAGACCGCGAAUUCGAGCCGGAGCCGAUGGAGGUCAGAGCGGAACAGUGGACAAGAGCGGAGAUGGCUUCUCUGUGUCCCUGGAUGUACCGCGAUUCUCCCCGGAAGAGCUGAAGGUGAAAGUCCUUGGAAGAAAAGUGCUGGUGACGGGAAAAUACGAGAAGAAGAGCGACGAUGGGAGCGGCUCUUACAGCUGCAGACUUGAGGAGUUCAGGAGGGAAUUCCAGCUGCCAGAAGGGGUCGAUACCCAGGCUGUGAAGUGUUGCUUGACCGAGGACGGUCGGUUAAAGAUAAAAGCCCCGCGCCUGGCUUUCCCCUCUCUGGAUGAGCGAAUCGUCCCGAUCAACAUCGAAACCGAUACAACAUCCAGUCCCCGACAGAAUCCCAGGGAGAAAGCACAGACAAAGGAGAGUGGAGCAGCGGAGGGGAACAGCGAAACAAAAAUGGACAGUUCAGUCUAAAGUUUUAGACUGAAGUUUUCAAUAAAUCCAUUCAAAAGCGUAUUUUAACAGUAAUGUCAUGUCAAUUCUUGUUUCCUUGUCAGAAAUUGAUCGCUGUGUCAAUAUUUAUAUUC